UCGUGGUGUUGGAAGGACGUCGGUCCGCACGCUGCUCAGCUCGGGGCCGGGCUUUGUCACGUGGUGUUGCGUCCACCGUAUAUAAUCCGGGAUUCAUAUCCAUAGAGCAGCUCCAAUUUGGUUGAUUUUGUACGCAAAUCAUUGAAUAACUUGGGUCACGAUCCACCCGAGUGGAAUUGUCAAAAUUGGGAACAUUUAAAAAAAAAAAAAGUCACGGAGAUGAAAUUUGUUAUUGUUGAUUUCUCCGGAUGGAUUCAGUCUUUGAAAUGAUGAGAAGGAGAUUCUUACGCAUAAGUAGAUGCUGACUGGACGAAUCCCAAGACGAUUAAUAAAACCAGGAAUAACAACGGAUGAAUAUUAUAAAGAAAACUUACUACUAAACCAUUAGAAUAACUUCGAUGGACAUUUUUUUACUUUAGAAAAUUUAAAAAAGGGUUCUGUGUCACGAAAUAUAAAAAAAAAAGGGGGAGAAAGAAAACCGUGAAAAAUGGACGACGGGAGACACUGAAGAAACCCGAAGUGUCAUGGAUGCUCCCGUCAUCGUCAGUGGAGGAGUGACCCUGUUCUCUGCCUGCGGAGGAGAGUUCAAGUCCCUGUCUGCGAAGUAGCGGCAGCGUAACCACUAUGGGCUUAGGGGACGGAGGCGGCCGGGGGGCGGCGUCCGUGGUGGGCUUGUUUCUGGGCCUGCUGUGGGUAGCCUACAUCUGUCCUGUCGAUGGCCUCGGCGUCAGCUGGGACUGGGCGAAGUGGUGGACUUACGACGGCAUCUCAGGUCCUCAAUUCUGGGGUCUGAUCAAUCCCGAAUGGUCGCUUUGUACGCACGGUCGUCGCCAGUCCCCAGUCAACCUCGACCCUUCCCAGCUGCUAUUUGAUCCAAAUCUGCGACCGUUACACGUGGACAAACAUACGAUUGAUGGUGUCAUCAACAACACGGGUCACAGCGUGGUUUUAACUCUAGGAACCCCUUCCAGUCACCAGACGGCCAUCAACAUCACAGGAGGACCGUUAUCCUAUAAGUACCAGGUGAGCCACGUUCAGCUGCACUUCGGGGCAGGUGACCAGCGGGGCUCCGAGCACACAGUGAACGGCACCGCCUUCCCAGCUGAGCUCCAAGUCUACGGGUUCAACUCGCAGCUUUUCAGCAACUUUUCGGAAGCCGUCAAUCGGGCCCAUGGAGUGGUGGCGCUCUCGGUUCUGCUACAGAUCGGGCUGCAGGGGCACGCAGGGCUGCGCCCUCUCACGGACGGCAUCCAGAGGGUGCAGUGGGCGGGGACGGCGUCCGUAGUGGAGCGGGUGAGCAUCCGGGGGCUGCUUCCGGACAGUCACCACUACAUAACCUACGACGGCUCCCUUACACAACCGCCCUGCCACGAGACCGUCACCUGGAUUCUACUCAACAGACCCGUCUACAUCACUAAGCAGCAGAUGCACGGGCUUCGACAGGUGCGCCAGGGGAGCAAGAACAUGCCCAAGGCUAAAAUGGUCAACAACUACCGACCGACGCAGCAGCUGUACCACCGUCCACUUCGAACGAACAUCGACUUCACGAACAGUCGACAUUUGCAUUGCCCCUCCAUGGCGCCCCAGAUGUACUACACGGCCAACACUUGGAGGUAGUGAAACACAAAAGACAUUAGAAAAGACAAAUUAAACGAACAGAUUUAGAGAGCUGCAUUUGCACAAUCCGUGGCUGCAAUGGACGUGCCAUUUGUUCUCUCUUGCAAUGCCAGUUGCGAAUUACCGCCGCCGAAACUGCUGCUCUGCUUUUUCUUUUUGUUAUUAUUAUUAUUUAUUUUUGUGUGAGUGUGUGCGUGUGUGUGUGUUCCGCUGCACAAGAUGUGAUCAAUCCUUCCUCGACGACAGCCGGGAGGAGGUUCAUGAUGAUGAUAUCGACAGUGAUAGUGAUCUUGAUGAUGGCAAUGGCGGUUAUUAAUGAUGGUGUUCCUCUCAUGAUAGUGACAAUGAUAAUGAUGGUGAUUUUGAUAAUGACAAGGGCGGUUGUUAAUGAUGGUGUUCCUCUCAUGAUAGUGACAAUGAUAAUGAUGGUGAUUUUGAUAAUGAAAAGGGCGGUUGUUAAUGAUGGUGUUCCUCUAAUCAUAGUGACAGUGAUAGUGAAGGUGAUUUUGAUGGCGACGACAACAAGGGCGGUUGUUGAAGAUGGUGUUCCCCUCAUGAAAUUGACAGUGAUUUUGAUGACGGCAAUGGCGCUUAUCAAUCACGGUAUUCCUCUACUGAUAGUGACAGUGAAAUGGAUCAGGAUGAUACCAACGAUGAUGCAUUAAUAGUGAUGAUUCUGCUGAUGACAGCGGCGAUAGUGAUUUGACAUCACAUCUGUCACUACGAUGAUAAAGAUAAUGAGGGCUCGAAAAAAUGAUGAAAAUAGUGACGGUGAUUCACAAAUAAAGAUGGUGAGGAUGACAUCUUUGACGAUAUCACUGAUAGUGAUAAUUCAGAGUAUCAUGAGAUACUCAUGCCAGUGUUGACCGGGGCGACUGAAUAAAAGUGAUGAUAAUGAAAAUGACAGUGAUAAUCAAGAUGAUGGUGAUGAAUAUGAGCAUCGCAGUGUUCUCUCUCUCUCUCUCUCUCUCUCUCUCUCUCUCUCUCUCGCUGAAUCCGAAUCACUCAAUUAUUCUCCUUUCUUUAUUUCCCAUUUAUUUUCCUUUAUUUCUUUAAAUGUACAUAAUUAUAAGAAAGCUUUUGAAAAACGGCUCGUAAUAGAAUUUAAACAGAAAAAAUAAAUCCUCGCCUCGCGCAGCCUAUAGAAGAGACGGACGAGCCUUAAAAAAAAAAAAGUCUUAAAGUCUUGAAAACUCUUAAAAGUCUUUAAAAAAAAGUCUUAAAGUCUUUAAAAAAUGUCUUAGUCUUUUAACAAAAGUCUUCAAGUCUUUGAAAAAGUCUUAGUCUUUAAAAAAUGUCUUAGUCUUUUCAUAAGUCUUAAAGUCUUUAAAAAAGUCUUAGAGACUUUACAAGUCUUUAAGUCUUGAAAAAAGUCUUAAAGUUUUUAAAAAAGUCUUGGAGUCUUUAAAAAAGUCUUAAAGUCUUGGAAAAAGUCUUAAAGUCAUUAAAAAGUCUUGAAGUCUUGAAAAAAGUCUUGAAGUCUUUAAAAAGUCUUGAAGUCUUUAAAAAAGUCUUAAAGUCUUUAAAAAAAACUCUGAAGUUUUUUUUUCAAAUAAGUCUGAAAGUCUAAAGAGAAUCAAAGUCUGGGCAAAGGCUUUUAAAGAUGA